CUCGUUCUCCCGUCCUCACCUCUCGACAAAGUCGUUCACAGACUCGCUUCAGGUCCUUUACACCUGUUCCAGUCCUCGGUUGUAAAGAAAGUCACUCUAUGUGAUUCCAAAUGCAUGGAGAGCUUGGGAACAAGCUCGUCCAACACGCGAAACGCACCCUCACCCUCCCGGCCCUCCCCCCUUACCAGACAGAACUCGUGCGCUCCGUGGUGCGCGAAGUGCGCGACCUCGACCGCGACGUGACGCGGAUUCUGGAACCUUUCACCACCACCUCGUACGACGAGGAUGGGAACGCUUCGUCGCAGAACACGUUCAAUCCGGCCGACCACCCCGCCACGGCGUGCGCGCUUCUAGUCGACCACCUGAGCAUGAGGAGGGACAAGCGAUGUCUCCUUGCGUACCACCGCGCGCGGGCCGAGAAGUUGGAGGGCAUGGUGUGGGAGGGACAGGACUUGGAAGUCGGGCUGGGUAAUGAAGUAGGCGGUGGUGGCGCCAACAGCAAUGCCGCCCAAAGCACCACCGUCCGCGAAGACACUGCUGCCGCACCAGGGACGCAUAACUCGCUCUCCCCGGAGGAAUCGUCGUAUUUCCACGCCUACGGCGACUUCCUCUCGCAGUACAAGGGCCAGUGGACGGACAUCGACCUGACCGGCUCGCUCGAACCACCCCGCGACCUCUUCAUCGAUGUCAGGGUGUUGAAGGACGCGGGGGAGAUCCAGACCGAGUACGGGGCUAUCAACUUGACCAAGAACUCGCAGUUUUUUGUCAGGAAGGGAGACGUGGAGAGGCUGAUCCAGGGCGGAUUCUUGAAAAGACUGAGUUGAGGCACACCGUGUCGAGAAGAAGGGUGCUCUAAGACGAGGGAUAGUCAUGAGAGCCUCCACGGUAGACGGCGCCAUGAGACCGAUGCCACGAGAAAUGACUAUAGGGCCAAUGUGCAAUGCACGCUCAUGAGAUGAAGUUUGACUUGUGCUAUGGUACUCCACACUUGUGGCUGAAUUUUCUGCUAACGCUGUCGCCUUUGCAUUAAAGGACCGGCGAUCCCGGUUCCUCCCUCUGAUACCUCACCGGAAAUUGCAG